CCUGGGCCUGGAAGUCCCCCAGUGUCUGCUCAAUUCCUGUUUCGGUGUGUUAGUCACUCCCAGGCUGUUAGCAGGGUGUUAACUACCUCCUGCAAUGGAGGGGGAGUGCAGCAGGAGCCAGGGCCAGGCAUUGCUGCAGGGGAAGGAUGGCUUUGUGCUUCUGCUGUAGGGGCCAGACAUGAAGGCUGAGGCCUCUCUUCCCUGCUCCCAUCCAUAUGGUGCACACACUGUUUGCAACCAGGUAGCUCUGCUACAUGCAUGCUUCUGUGCCAACUUCUUCCUUUGGGGCUUUCUAUGGAACCUCUGCACUCACUGCCAGAAUUCAUUCCCCUGACUUGCUGUGCUGCAAGGCCCUAUGUGCUGGCUGGGGCUGGGCUUGGUCCUGGGGAGGAAGAACUAUUUUGGAUAGAGCAAGCUGUGGGAUGCAGGGGUUGAAUGGGUCACUUUCAGCAGUGAGAACAGCCCUGGUUUUCCUUGCAAGACGAGUUGGAGUUGGUGUAAGGUCUGUCUGCUGCUAGAAACUCCUAUUAAAAAAAAUAUCCAAAUCCCCCCUCCCAAGCCAAUGCUGUAAAUUAUUUGGAGUCCUGCUCCUAGGCUGGGAGUGACAGUAAGAUAUGGUUGUGUUAAACGGGUUCUGGGACCAGCUUGCAUUUACUGCGUACUUCCUUUCUACUGCCCUCUGCUCUUCUCCCCUUGCUCUGUAUGGUUCCUGGGAGGCACUGAAUCUGGAGGUGUCUGAUUGCGCUCUGGGUUUCCUUCAUGUGGAUUCUGUCUGAGAGCUCAUGAAAGGGCAGUCAGGAUGGUACCAUGCAGCUCUGCACUGACCCCCUGUUUGAGAGAAAAGGAAACCUCAGCUCAGCAGGUGGGGAAGGCUAGCUGAGGAUCCAAUCCUCAUCUUGGAAAUGCCCAGCCUGGAGCUCUGGGUUUGGAUGGACCCAGCCAGGCUGGCUCAGCUCUUUCUUUUACAGAGGUAGGUAAACUCAGGGCAGGCUUUGCAAGGAGUCCUCCAACACUAAGGUCCUGGCUACAGUAUGUGACCCUGGAGUCUGCAGAGCUCGGCAUCCUUGGCCAUUAUCAUUGGCUGUAGGCUUUAAGUAAGCCCAGUUCUAGGCCUGGGGGCCAUGCAUGGUCCCAGGGGCAGGAUGCUGGUUUGCAUGUGGGGAGACCUGAGUUAUGAUCCCAACCCCCUACAGUCAUCCCAGGUAGCUUCUGUCCCUGCCUGGAAAAUGGGGUUGAUGCCCUUUCUCCUGCCUUGAGAGCUCAAGAGACCACAUGGGGCUGAGAAGCAGUGGUAUGAAAUAGUUUGGGGUUUUUUUAGUGUGCUGGUGUGUAUUGGGGGGAGCUGAGGCAUAUAGGCCAGUUUUCCCUGCCCUCUUGCUUACCAUUGCAGCGAGCAUGCUGCUUAGCACACACAAGUGCUGACCACUUCCCGUCUUGGCUUUUGUGCUAGUUCCCCCGCUCACCCUGCAACCUAGCCACAGCACCUCCCUUCGCUACUAGAAUGCCAGAAAAGGCUAAAUUUGGGUGCGUUUGGCAGGGGUUGGGGGGAGGCAAUAUUUGGUUCUUUGCAGCUAAGAAAGAGAGAACCCCAGUCUGACAGAUCUGACACCCUAUAGCUGGUAAGAUCUGGUUUGUAGAGCAGGGCUUCAGCUGCCCUGUGUCCCUGCAAGCUUGGGUUCUGCAGGCAGGAAGGCACUGAGAGCAGUCGCAGAGCUCGGCACUAGGCAGCCUGCUAUGCCUGGAAACGUAGUGCAGGCAGCUCUGUGGUCCCUUGCUACAGCUGAGCUUCAGGCAGCUGCAUGUAGGUGUUGCUCUGCGCUUUACCCCAAUGUAAGCAACCAAAGCUGCCAGCUCCCUACCUACAGGGUCACACGUAGCCCCACAGGAAGUGGGCUUCCCUUGCUCCACUGCUCUCACCAUCCUGCAGGUGCACACCAGGGGCUCUGUGCUGACAAAGCAAAGCAGCUGCAAUUAGAAGGGAACAAUCUCAGGGCUGGGCUAGCUGGCGAGGUUGCAGAUGAAGAGUGAGGAGCACUGCUAGAGCUGUUCCAAGAGGGCCUUGAGGCUGGCCAAGCUGGGGCCUGGGAGCCUGCUGUGCUAGGUGCUGUACAAACACAGGAAAGGACAACUUUUGGCUUAGCAGAGGGGCUGCAGAGCGGGGAGUGAAGGGCAAAGAGCCGGGGAAUGCUGCUGAUCGCUGUUGAGCGGUAUUGGCAGGCCUGAGGGACUGAGCAGGCAAGACUGGAAUAGCAGAAGGGAGCACUGGCAGAACUGUGGGGCCAGGCUGGGACUAGCAAGAGACACUGGCAGCAGGGCAUGGCCAAGGGGCUGGGGUAGAGCAGUUGCAAAACCGCUCUACCAGCACUGUGGCUUGGCCUCUCGCUGCCCGGAGUCCCCAGGCAGCUGUGUGAGACAGGCUGGGGACACCCCAGCUGCAAGCGAAGGGUAGCGUGGGCUCUUUCUUCUGAUGCAGCAGCGGCAUGUGCUUGUUCUGCCUUGUUAGGUGCUUGUAAUAAUAUUUCCCCUUUAAGGCUUGGCUGAAGUUAUUUAUAUUGUGGGGUGGUGACAACCAGAGAGCAGCAGCAAGAGCCCUGACUGCUCUUACCUGAUCAGUACAAGGGCGUGGGGGGGAGCCAGAUAAGGAAGGAAAUAGAGAGAGACGAACAGAGAGGAGGCAACAGAGGAGGAGAAGGAGCAGGACGCCUCUGAGAAGAGGAGGGUGCGGGAAACGGAAGAGGGGAGAGGGCGGGAGCCUGAAGCCCUGAGCGAGGAGGCAAGAGAAGGAAGGAGAGAAAACAGGGUGGGGAGAGACCAGAGGGAAGGAGAGAGAAAAGUUGCGCGUGAGGGGAAGUGGAGUCUAGCAGAGGAAGAGGCAGGGGAGCCCCCAUCUCUGAUGACGCCAAGCGCAGCUGGUGGGUGCUAAGCGGGAGGCGCUGAGCGUGGCCGCAGUCGCAGCAGUGGCUGUGGUGGCACAGCCCCGUUCCCGUCUCCCAAGAUGAUGAAGAGGCAGUUUCACCGGAUGCGGCAGCAGCUCACCUAUCCUGGCCUCGUGGGACGAAGCCAAGAAGCAACUGAGCUUCUGACGGAUGACUUGCUGCAGAUUGAGCAGAGAAUUGAGCCGGCGAAGAAGGCAGCACACAAUGUGUCCAAGAGGCUCCAGGCAUGUCUACAGGGGCAGAGUGGCUCAGAGGUGGACAAGCGGGUGAAGAAGCUGCCUCUGAUGGCUCUGUCCAUCACAAUGGCUGAGAGCUUCAAAGAACUAGACACUGAUUCCAGCAUGGGGAAAGCUCUAGAGAUGAGUUGUUUCAUACAGAGCAAUCUGGCCAAAGUCCUGGCUGAGUUUGAAAUCGCCUUGGAGAGAGAGGUCCUACAGCCCCUGAACAAACUGAGUGAGGAGGAACUGCCUGUUAUCCUGAAACGCAAGAAGACCCUUCAGAAGCUGAUCUCAGACUGGAACUCCAUCAAGAGCAGGUUGAAUCAAGCUGUCAAGAACUCCAGUAACAGUGCUGGGGUUGCUACUGGCCCUGGAGCAUCAUCUGCAGCCAUCAAACUGGAGAACCUGAGGGAGGAAGAAGAGGAGGUGAAGAGGAGGGUGGAGCAAUGCAAAGAUGAGUACAUGGCUGACCUAUAUCACUUCUCCACCAAGGAGGACAACUACGCUAACUACUUCAUCAAACUGCUAGAAAUCCAAGCUCAGUACCACCAGACGUCUCUUGCAUCACUGGACGCUGCCUUGACAGAGCUGAGGGAAACCCACGGUCAGACAGAGCCCCCGAUCCCUUUGAAUACCGCUGUAUCAAAGUAUUAUGGGGAGCCCUUAGAGGAGCACUUGAGGAGUUUGGGUCGGGAGAUCGCGCUCCCCAUUGAAGCCUGUGUCAUGAUGCUGCUGGCAUCUGGCAUGAGGGAGGAGGGACUCUUCAGGUUGGCAGCAGGAGCCUCCAUGCUAAGGAAGCUGAAGUGCAGCCUGGCCAAUGACUCCAGUGCCCUAGAGGAAUUCUACUCAGACCCACAUGCUGUUGCUGGUGCACUGAAAUCCUACUUGCGAGAGUUGCCCCAGCCCCUGAUGACCUUUGACCUCUAUGACAACUGGCUGAGUGUAGCUUUCUUCAAAGAGCCUGAGGAGCGUGUGCAGAGCCUCCGAGACACCUGCAGCCAGCUCCCCCAGGACAGCUACAACAACUUGAGGUAUUUGAUCAAGUUUUUAGCUAAGCUGGCUGAACAUCAGGAAGUGAAUAAAAUGAGCCCUAGCAACAUCGCCAUCGUUCUGGGGCCCAACCUGCUGUGGUCACAACAGAACACAGGAGACCCACUGCAACUAGACCUGGCCUCCGUGUCCUCCAUCCAGGUGGUGGGAGUUGUGGAAGCCCUGAUACAGAAUGCUGACAGCCUCUUCCCUGGGGCGAUAGAUUUCAAUGUCUCAGGCAUGUUCACUCCCCCUGAGGAGAUUAAGCUCCCUGAAGCCCCUUCAGCGGAGAAGCCUUCAUCCGAGUCCCUUCCUGCCAGCUCUACCUCUCUUCCAGCUGGAGAAGCGAAUGACCCUGAGACAACCCCAAAGGAGACCAGAACAUUGCCUGAGGCUGCAAAUCCCCCCUUGGCUGCACCUCGAAGUGAUGACCCUGCCCCCAAAGGGAAGCGAGCUGCACCCACCCGACCCACAGGACUGCCGCCGCAAGUACAGCCUCGCACCUCAGCACCAAUGCCUGCAAACCCACCUCAGGGGGCUGAGAACCCCAGUGGACCCAAAGCCAUGCCUCGCCGCACGGCAAGUACACCCACACGUGCUCCCUCCAUGCCACCUCCCCUUCCACCCCAGCCAGCCAGACGCCAGAGCCGCAACAUGCAGCUGUCCUCCAAGGUCCCAUUGGAUGCCAAGGGGGAAGAGGCCUGUGCAGCUGAAUCACCUCCCUCACCUGGCCACAGCACAGAAAUGGCUGCAGAUUGCAUCCCAGGAGAGGAGGAACCAUCCUCUCUGCGAGGGACUUGCUCCCCAGCUGUAUCCCCAUCAGCAACCCAGCCUCCAGUGAAUGACUGAGAUUCACAGAGAGCUUUGGAGCUAUCAGGUCUCCUGUCUGCUUGCCACGGGUCCAGGGAGAAAGGGAACAGGGACUGGUGGCUUUCCAGGAUCUGGCACACCAUGGAGCUAGCAGCUCAGGUGGGAUCUCAUGAAGACAUGCCAGGUUGGGACAUGGAACUCUGCUUCCUGGGAAGGUAGUUCACAGUCUCUGUCCUUUAAUGUGUUCCCCACCUCAUGCAAGUGCUUUCCUGGUUUGCAUUGCAAUAGCACCCAUGGAGACCUAACUGGAGGUAGCCUUUGUGUGCAUCUUCAUGUUUGUCAGUCCCUGUCCCUCAUGGGCUACCCAACCAUUCCAGUGGCUCCACUCUUCCCUCGUGACUGAAACCUCAUUUCCUAUCAGUCUUCCCAGAAUCAUUAGUCAGCUCCUUACCUCUCACCCUCCAACCCCCAGAAACUUUUCAUGAGCACAUGAACCUCCAGCUCCUGGAAAUGCUUCCUGGGUUCUGGGUUCCUGCUACAACUGAAAGGGAUGGGGGGAUACUAGAUGCCUAGCAAACAACUUCCCCCCCUCAGCUCCCUGAAUAUUUCUGCCUCAUUCAAUCAAGCUGAGGUUUCAAUUGCCCUUUUUUCAAGGGGCCCCUCAAAUCCAUGGACUGAGGCUCCCAAGACUCUCCCUCCUUUUUAAAAAUGGGGUUUAAUUUAUCCCAAAUGUUUUGGGGCCAUCCCUAACAUAAGCAGAUAUGUGGAACAUAUCUAUGCCAACAGCAUAAGAGCCCAUUAUUGAACUGUCUCGCAUGAGUGGCAUUUUGGUACAUACGUUUGUACCAUCUACAGAUGCAAAGCAGCCGUUUUUUGUUUUAGGCCAAUAGUGCUUUAAAAUGAGUCAUGAAAAAAUCCUCCCGCUGUACAAAUCUCUGACGUUGGUCCGGUUAGGUUUGUGGUACGACUGUUUCUUUUUUAAAUGUAUUGUGAAUAAGUUAUUUUUAAAAUGGGGGCCAAAGUGAGCACAGCGGGUUAUGUCUGCUUCCAUUGUAGCUGAAUUUGGCUCUUGAAUUGUACUUGAGAGAACGCUGUAAAAUGCUGUUUUUGAUUUUUAGUGUUUUGCAGGAUUUUGUUUUCUUUACCAAGAUACUUGUAUGAAUACACGUUAUU